AUGACCACAAAAGUAGGGGUGAUCAAAACCCAUCAGUCACAUUCAAAUAUUCACAGCCUGGCUAUUCAGGGCAGAAAUGAAAAUAUAGAAAGAGUGGAAGAUGGUGAAAGGAGCAAAUAUGAUGGUGAAAAGGAAAAGAAAAAUAAGGACAACUCAAAGAGAAAUAAAGAUAAUCGUGAAAAGAAAAAUAAGGAACAGGUGGAGAAGAAAGAGGUAUUUGUUAUUGAUCCUUCAGGAAACUUAUAUUACAACUGGCUGUUUUGCAUCACAUUGCCUGUCAUGUACAAUUGGACAAUGAUCAUUGCUAGAGCCUGUUUUGAUGAACUUCAGAGCAAUAAUUUAGAAAUGUGGUUCAUUUUUGACUACAUAUCAGAUAUCAUCUAUGUUGCUGACAUGUUUGUUCGAACAAGGACAGGUUACCUGGAACAAGGUUUGUUGGUGAAAGAACAACUCAAACUUAAGAAAAAGUAUAAGGGAACUGUACAAUUUAAACUAGAUGUACUGUCCAUCAUACCAACUGAUCUACUUUAUUUCAAGUUAGGAUUGAACUACCCAGAAAUAAGAAUAAACAGAUUACUAAGAAUAUCACGUAUGUUUGAAUUCUUCCAACAAACAGAAACAAGAACAAGCUACCCAAAUAUCUUCAGGAUCUCUAAUCUUGUCAUGUAUAUUAUAAUCAUUAUCCACUGGAAUGCAUGUAUAUACUUUUCAAUCUCCAAAGCCAUUGGCUUUGGAACAGAUUCUUGGGUCUAUCCCAACAUUACCCAUCCUGAAUUUGGCCGGCUUGUCAGAAAAUAUGUAUACAGUCUUUACUGGUCAACACUGACUUUGACGACUAUUGGCGAAACACCCUCUCCAGUGAGAGAUGCUGAGUAUUUCUUUGUUGUUGUUGACUUCUUAGUUGGUGUAUUGAUUUUUGCUACCAUUGUUGGUAAUAUUGGUUCUAUGAUCUCUAACACGAAUGCUGCCAGGGAAGAAUUUCAAGCAAAGAUUGAUGCUAUCAAGCAGUACAUGCAGUUUCGGAAUGUGAGCAAAGACUUAGAAAAAAGAGUUAUCAAGUGGUUUGAUUAUCUGUGGACAAAUAAGAAGGCAGUGGAUGAAAGAAAAGUCUUGAAGUUUCUCCCAGAUAAACUGCGAGCUGAAAUUGCCAUUAAUGUUCAUUUGGAAACAUUACAGAAAGUCCGUAUUUUUGCAGAUUGUGAAGCUGGGCUAUUGGUUGAACUAGUCUUAAAACUACAGCCUCAGGUGUACAGUCCUGGAGAUUAUGUCUGUCGGAAAGGUGAUAUUGGACGAGAAAUGUACAUUAUCAAAGAAGGCAAACUUGCAGUAGUAGCUGAUGAUGGAGUGACUCAGUAUGUGGUCCUUAGUGAUGGAAGCUACUUUGGGGAGAUUAGCAUUCUUAACAUUAAAGGUAGCAAAGCUGGAAAUCGGAGGACAGCCAACAUUAGGAGCCUUGGUUAUUCAGAUUUAUUUUGUCUGUAUAAAGAUGACCUAAUGGAGGCUUUGACAGAAUAUCCAGAUGCAAAGUCCUUGCUGGAAGAGAAGGGAAGGCAAAUCCUUAUGAAGGAUGGAUUAUUAGAUUUAGAAGUUGCACAUGAAAGAAGAAAUCCUGAAGAUAUUGAGGAAAAGGUCAACCAAAUAGAAGUAAUGCUAGACAGUUUACAAACUAGGUUUGCCAGACUUUUGGCUGAAUAUGGUGCUGCACAGCAGAAAUUGAAAACAAGACUAGCACAAGUUGAGAACAUCCUCAAACUAUCUAUGGAUUUUGAUUUCUCAAAUUUAGAAGAAACUGAAAUAGUUUGGGACAAUAAGGAAUUAAAGCAGUAG